GGAGCUCAGUGGGCAGCACAGCUCACGUCUGAGCGCACGUGCACGUGUCUCUUUAGGCUCGUGGUGGGUGCGCCCACUGCCAACUGGCUCGCCAACGCUUCAGUGAUCAAUCCCGGGGCGAUUUACAGAUGCAGGAUCGGGAAGAAUCCCGGCCGGACGUGCGAACAGCUCCAGCUGGGUAGCCCUAAUGGAGAACCUUGUGGAAAGACUUGUUUGGAAGAGAGAGACAAUCAGUGGUUGGGGGUUACACUUUCCAGACAGCCAGGAGAAAAUGGAUCCAUCGUGACUUGUGGGCAUAGAUGGAAAAAUAUAUUUUACAUAAAGAAUGAAAAUAAGCUCCCCACUGGUGGUUGCUAUGGAAUGCCCCCUGAUUUACGAACAGAACUGAGUAAAAGAAUAGCUCCGUGUUACCAAGAUUAUGUGAAAAAAUUUGGAGAAAAUUUUGCAUCAUGUCAAGCUGGAAUAUCUAGUUUUUACACAAAGGAUUUAAUUGUGAUGGGAGCCCCAGGAUCAUCUUAUUGGACUGGCUCUCUUUUUGUCUACAAUAUAACUACAAAUAAAUACAAGGCUUUUUUAGACAAACAAAAUCAAGUAAAAUUUGGAAGUUAUUUAGGAUAUUCAGUUGGAGCUGGUCAUUUUCGGAGUCAGCAUACUACUGAAGUAGUCGGAGGAGCUCCUCAACACGAGCAGAUUGGUAAAGCAUAUAUAUUCAGCAUUGAUGAAAAAGAACUAAAUAUCUUACAUGAAAUGAAAGGUAAAAAGCUUGGAUCGUACUUUGGAGCUUCUGUCUGUGCUGUGGACCUUAACGCAGAUGGCUUCUCAGAUCUGCUCGUGGGAGCGCCCAUGCAGAGCACCAUCAGAGAGGAAGGAAGAGUGUUUGUGUACAUCAACUCCGGCUCGGGAGCAGUAAUGAAUGAAAUGGAAACAAAUCUCGUUGGAAGUGACAAAUAUGCUGCAAGAUUUGGCGAAUGUAUAGUUAAUCUUGGUGACAUUGACAAUGAUGGCUUUGAAGAUGUUGCUAUCGGAGCUCCGCAAGAAGAUGACUUGCAAGGUGCUAUUUAUAUUUACAAUGGCCGUGCAGAUGGGGUCUCAUCAGCCUUCUCGCAGAGAAUUGAAGGACUUCAGAUCAGCAAAUCGUUAAGUAUGUUUGGACAGUCUAUAUCAGGACAAAUUGAUGCAGAUAAUAAUGGAUAUGUAGAUGUAGCAGUUGGUGCUUUUCGGUCUGAUUCUGCUGUGUUGCUAAGGACAAGACCUGUAGUCAUUGUUGAAGCUUCUUUAAGCCACCCUGAGUCAGUAAAUAGAACGAAAUUUGACUGUGUUGAAAAUGGAUGGCCUUCUGUGUGCAUGGAUCUAACACUUUGUUUCUCAUAUAAGGGCAAGGAAGUUCCAGGUUACAUUGUUUUGUUUUAUAACAUGAGUUUGGAUGUGAACAGAAAGACAGAGUCUCCACCAAGAUUCUAUUUUUCUUCUAAUGGAACUUCUGACGUGAUUACAGGAAGCAUACAAGUGUCCAGCGGAGUAGCUAACUGUAGAACACAUCAAGCAUUUAUGCGGAAAGAUGUGCGGGACAUCCUCACCCCAAUUCAGAUUGAAGCUGCUUACCACCUUGGUCCUCACGUCAUCAGUAAACGAAGCACAGAGGAAUUCCCACCACUUCAGCCAAUUCUUCAGCAGAAGAAAGAAAAAGACAUAAUUAAAAAAACAAUAAGCUUUGCAAGGUUUUGUGCCCAUGAAAAUUGUUCUGCUGAUUUACAGGUUUCUGCAAAGAUUGGGUUUUUGAAGCCCCAUGAAAAUAAAACCUACCUUGCUGUUGGGAGUAUGAAGACAUUAAUGUUGAAUGUGUCCUUGUUUAAUGCUGGAGAUGAUGCAUAUGAAACGACUCUACAUGUCAAACUACCCAUGGGUCUUUACUUCAUUAAGAUUUUAGAGCUGGAAGAGAAGCAAAUAAACUGUGAAGUCACAGAUAACUCUGGCAUGGUACAACUUGACUGCAGUAUUGGCUAUAUAUAUGUAGAUCAUCUCUCAAGGAUAGAUAUUAGCUUUCUCCUGGAUGUGAGCUCACUCAGCAGAGCGGAAGAGGACCUCAAUAUCACAGUGCAUGCUACCUGUGAAAAUGAAGGGGAAAUGGACAAUCUAAGGCACAGCAGAGUGACUGUAGCAAUACCUUUAAAAUAUGAGGUUAAGCUGACUGUUCAUGGGUUUGUAAACCCAACUUCAUUUGUGUAUGGAUCAAAUGAUGAAAAUGAGCCUGAAAUGUGCAUGGUGGAGAAAAUGAACUUAACUUUCCAUGUUAUCAACACUGGCAAUAGCAUGGCUCCUAAUGUUAGUGUGGAAAUAAUGGUACCAAAUUCUUUCAGCCCCCAAACUGAUAAGCUGUUCAACAUUUUGGAUGUCCAGACUACUACUGGAGAAUGCCACUUUGAAAAUUAUCAAAGAGUAUGUGCAUUAGAGCAGCAAAAGAGUGCAAUGCACACCUUGAAAGGCAUGUUCCAGUUCUUGUCUAAGACUGAUAAGAGGCUAUUGUACUGCAUAAAAGCUGAUCCACAUUGUUUAAAUUUCCUAUGUAAUUUCGGGAAAAUGGAAAGUGGAAAAGAAGCCAGUGUUCAUAUCCAAUUGGAAGGCCGACCAUCCAUUUUAGAAAUGGAUGAGACUUCAGCACUCAAAUUUGAAAUAAGAGCAACAAGUUUUCCAGAGCCAAAUUCAAGAGUUAUUGAACUAAACAAGGAUGAGAAUGUUGCACAUGUUCUCCUGGAAGGACUACAUCAUCAAAGACCCAAACGUUAUUUCACCAUAGUGAUUAUUUCAAGUAGCUUGCUACUUGGACUUAUUGUACUUCUGUUGAUCUCAUAUGUUAUGUGGAAGGCCGGCUUCUUUAAAAGACAAUACAAAUCUAUCCUACAAGAAGAAAACAGAAGAGACAGUUGGAGUUACAUCAACAGUAAAAGCAAUGAUGAUUAAGGACUUCUUUCAAAUUGAGAGAAUGGAAAACAGACUCAGGUUGUAGUAAAGAAAUUUAAGACACUGUUUACAA